AUGGAGACGGUCGCUCUAAUCCUCAUGUGUUUCACGUUCCUCUUCUGCGAAUUGAUUCCAACUAUGCUCUAUGUAUUUUUGGUGUUGACAGACUUUCGUUUGAGGAUAAAAGUUAUGGCCAGCGGACUAUUCACGUUAACAGAAAUCCUCAAGUACAGUUGUACUCUGCUAUACAAGAAUCAAGUGCGAAACUGUUUAAAAUUCGUUGAUGAGGAUUGGCGAAACGUUAUCAAUCCGAGUGAUCGCAUCUCGAUGAUCGACAGAGUCAGAACUAGCAAACGUCUCAUUAUGAUGUGUGCCACAUUCGUGUAUUUAACUGGCAUGGCUGUCCGAAUAAUAGUACCUCUUUCAAUAGGAAAGAUCGUUACUUCUGAAAAUAUCACUAUUAGACCACUGCCUCACGUUGCCUAUCUUGUUAUACUCGAUGUGCAGCGUAGUCCAGUUUACGAAAUCGUAUAUUUCAUACAAUUUCUAGCAGGAUUUAUAAAGUACACGAUUUCGAUUACAACUUUUAGUUUUAUGACACUUUGCGCGAUGCACUUUUGUGGGCAGUCUGACAUACUUGUAACGUUGAUGAACGAUUUUGUGAACGAGAAUCAAUCGAAAAACGUGAACAGGAGAUUGGCUAUUGUCGUGGAGCGUCAAAUCAGAAUAAGGAAUUUCUUACAAUUGGUGCAAAGUACCAUUCAGUAUACAAGUUUAAUACAAAUCAUGGGAUCUACAGUGUUGAUAUGCUUCGUAGAAUAUUACACUAUCAUGGAAUGGGAAAAUCAUAAUGUUAUUCGUAUGUGUACAUAUAUCAGUGGACUAAUAAUGUUAUCAUACAACAUAUUUAUUUACUGCUACAUGGGCGAGCAAAUCAUCGAACAGGGAGAAAAAGUGUCAUUAACAACACGCACUCUGAAAUGGUACCGUCUUGAAGACGCAACAGCACGAGCACUAAUUUUACUUAUAACCAUUUCUGAAAACCCAUUAAAACUUAAAGCAGGAAAUUUUAUAGAUAUUUCUUUAAGAACGUUUGGUAAUAUGUUUGCUAACAAGUAUUACGAACGUGACAUAGAGAAUGCUUUCGCGAUGAAUCGCUUCUUCUUUCGUUUAUUAGGCAUAUGGCCAUUUACACACGCAAAUUCUUUUCUUUUGGAAUUGAUGGAGACUAACGCACUGACCCUCACAUGUUUCACAUUCCUCUUCUGCGAACUAAUCCCGACCAUGCUAUAUGUAUUUAUGGUGCUGACAGACUUUCGUUUAAGGGUGAAAGUUAUGGCCAGCGGACUAUAUACGUUAAUAGAAAUCAUCAAGUACAGUUGUACCCUGCUUUACAAGAAUGAGGUGCGAAACUGUCUAAAAUUCGUUGAAGAAGACUGGCGAAAUGUUAUAAAUCCAAACGAUCGCGUCUCAAUGAUCGAUAGAGUCAGAACUAGUAAACGUCUGAUUAUGAUGUGCGCUAUAUUCAUGUACUUCAGCGGCAUGGGUUUUCGAAUAAUAAUACCUCUUUCAACAGGAAAAAUCAUUACUUCUGAAAAUAUCACUAUCAGACCACUACCUCACGUUGCUUAUCUCAUUAUAUUUGACGUGCAAAGUAGUCCAGUUUACGAAAUCGUGUAUUUCAUACAAUUUCUAUCAGGGCUUAUAAAGUAUACAAUUACGGUAACAACAUUUGGUUUUAUGACACUUUGCGCGAUGCAUUUCUGCGCGCAGUCAGAUAUACUUGUGACUUUAAUGAACGAUUUCGUGAACGAGAAUCAACCGGAAGACUUGAACAAGAGAUUGGCUAUUGUCGUGGAGCGGCAAAUCAGAAUAAGAAAGUGA